GCCCGGGGGGCCCCGCUGGCUGUGGCGGCGGGCUUUGGGGAGGCCGCCCCCGCCGUGUGCUCGCCCCAUAAAGCGGGAGUAGCCGUUUGGAGUCAGAGUGGCCUUAGGUCUUCUUAGCGUGGAGUUCUGUUUGUUUUGCACAGCGUCGGACGCUGUCUUUCCGUGUGCCUGAGUGUAGGUUCUGGCUGGUUAGGAUACCGAGAGAAGUCCCUCUGGCCAGGGUCUUGCGGCUCGUUCCGAGGACUCACGGUCUCCGUCGAUGCUGGAGCUCGCAUCCAGGUGUCCCGGCGCGGCUGCAGGCGUGAGCCUUGCUGUCCCUGCGCUGCUGGGCGGUUUUGAAGGGAGCGAGAAGGACAACAAGCCUUCAGAGCGAGCUGCAAUGGGUAGGCCGCGUUGUAAGAUCAGCGAUCAAGAAACUAAUGAGAAAAACUCAACUGCCAGUUUGAAUGACUUCAGUGAUCCAGUUUACAAAGAAAUUGCUAUGACCAAUGGUUAUAUCAACAGAAUGACCCGAGAAGAGCUCAGAUGUAAACUUGCAGAGUUCAAGCUUGAAACCAGAGGAGUGAAAGAUGUGCUGAAAAAGAGACUAAAAAACUACUAUAAGAAGCAGAAGUUGAUGCAGAAGGAGCCUGUCAAUGGAGACAGCUACUAUGACUACAUCUGUGUUGUUGACUUCGAAGCAACAUGUGAAGAAGGAAACCCACCUGAAUUCAUACAUGAAAUAAUUGAGUUUCCUAUUGUCUUACUAAACACGCAUACCCUGGAAAUAGAAGAUACCUUUCAGCAAUAUGUGAAGCCAGAGAUUAAUCCCAAGCUUUCAAACUUCUGCAUCAGUCUGACAGGAAUCACCCAGGACAUUGUUGAUAAAGCUGAUACAUUUAUUCAAGUUCUGCAGAAUGUCAUAGAGUGGAUGAGACAGCGAGAACUGGGAACAAAGUACAGCUAUUCCAUGUUGACAGAUGGAUCUUGGGAUAUGAGUAAAUUUUUGAACACCCAGUGCCGUAUUAGCCGUAUCAAAUACCCUUCUUUUGCCAAAAAGUGGAUCAAUAUUCGCAAAUCAUAUGGGAACUUCUAUAAGGUUCCUAGGAACCAGACCAAGCUGACAAUCAUGCUUGAAAAGCUGGGCAUGAAUUAUGAUGGGAGACCUCACAGUGGACUUGAUGACUCUAAAAACAUUGCAAGGAUAGCUAUAAGGAUGCUGCAGGAUGGCUGUGAACUGCGCGUGAAUGAGAGACUGCAUGCUGGACAGCUUAUGACAGUCUCCUCCUUAGCCCCCUUAGAGGGAGCCCCUGCUCCACAAAUGCCCCGCUACAGAAACUAGCAGCUCACGGGUUCUGCCUUAGGAACUGCUCUUAAUAUACCUGCUAAAGACUCUUAGCCUAUUCAACGGCCACCUCUGCCAGCCUGUCUGCAAUGCAGAAUCUGAAAGCACCUUAACUAAUCAUCUCAGUUGAAAUAAAGACGUGUGGAAGCUCUUUUUCUCUUUGAA